CUAAAACCCUAGGAAUUUUGAGUCUGUUGCUCUCUGUUUGCCGGAAAAUCUUCGAUGGCGAGCUACGGGAUCUCGGUGGAGAAGACCAAGGCUUUCUUGAAGUCGCAGUACCAGAGCGAGGAGAAGUGGGCUCACAACGUGAAACUGCUUCGUGCUCUCGGUAUGUUUGCAGGAUCGGUGAUUCUAUUUCGGAGUUACGGUGAUAUGAUGGCAAUUUGAGUGCUGACGGAGAGCUACAGAAGCUUAGUCUCCCUCAAGUUCUAUUCUGAUAGUUUAGAAUAAUUUUUGGAUUUUGAAGGGAGACUUACCCACUGAAUUGUUGAAUGUUUAUUUCUAUUAGACCAUCCAAAGUUCGUUUGCUCAUGUGAGAGUUAUGCUACCCUUUUUUUUUUUCACAUAUGAAAAGUCCUCAACUAGUCCCAUUGUAUGCAUGUU